CAUUCUUUGUUCUAACUGCUUCUCAUGCACAUAAAUACCUGAUCAGUACUUAAUAUUUUCUUAGAAACACACAGAGAGAGAGAGAGAGAGAGAAGACGAUGACUUCCAUGGGGAUGCAGAUGGCGGGCUGCGCUUUGGCCCUUCUGGGCUGGAUUGGGGUGAUCAUUGUGUGUGGAGCACCCAUGUGGCGGGUCUCUGCUUUCAUUGGCAGCAACAUAGUGACUUCGCAGAUCAUCUGGGAGGGCAUCUGGAUGAACUGCGUGGUCCAGAGCACAGGCCAGAUGCAGUGUAAGGUGUACGACUCCAUGCUGGCUCUGAGCACAGACCUCCAGGCGGCCCGCGCUCUGGUGGUGGUUUCCAUCAUCACGGGAAUUGCAGGGCUCCUCAUAGCUUUCACUGGUGGAAAGUGCACCAACUUCAUUCCAGAGGAGAGGGCCAAGGCGAGGGCCUCAGUGGCCGCCGGUGUGGUGCUGAUCAUCAGUGGAUUCCUCUGCCUAGUCCCAGUUUCCUGGACUGCCAGCAUGAUCAUACGGGACUUCUACAGCCCUAUGCUGGUGGACGCUCAGAAAAGAGAGAUCGGGGCCUCUCUUUACAUCGGCUGGGGGGCAGGGGCACUGCUGGUCUUGGGAGGGGGCCUCCUGUGUGCCAGCUGUCCCCCCAAGGAAGAUAAGACCCCCUCAGUGAGGUACCUCCUGAACAAGUCCAGAGAAAACAGCAAAGAGGCUUCAAUCCGAUCUUUCACACCAUCGAAGACGUAUAUUUGAGUUCGCCAAUGACGCUAAUUGAAGUCUUGCUGACUGUCUGUGUUUGUUUGUUUUCCGAGAAGCGACAGAAUCUUGGCGGCUAAUCAGUCGCUGUGAAGCAUGAAGGAAAAGGACAACUUAUAAUGAAGGAAAUAUGCACAUUGUCCCCGCCAAGGAAUCAAUGUUUGGAUGCACGAAGAUGUUAUCUGUCAGAGAUUGCUUUGAAUCAGAAUGUUUCCCUUGGCUACUGUAUCUAGGGAUCAUUUGCAGUAUAGAAACAGUGUUUUACAUAUCUGGGAAAUUAUUUCUUUCAUCUGAUUGCACUAUGGAUCUUUUGUUAUUUGGGAUUCUAUUUUUCACAAUAAAUUACCUAUUGUAAGGUU